AUGGCCAACCCUCGCGUGUGGCUGGAUGCAGCCACCCAGAUAUUCUUCCCUCUGUCCCUGGCUAUGGGAGGACACAUCGCAUUUGCACUACAAGGCGCCCAGGAACGACUGGGAGAAGGACGCGUCACCAUCGCCCUGGUCAACAGCAUGACCUCCCUCUACGCCUCCUUUGCCGUCUUCUCUGUCCUGGGGUUUAAGGCGGCCAAAGACCACGGGCGCUGCCUGGACGGAAACAUCCUCAGCCUCAUCAAUGAGUUCGAGUUCCCUGACCAGAGUGUCUCCCGGGAGGACUACGCGGCCAUCCUCACACACCUGAAUGCCACCCAGCCUGAGAGGGUGGCUGGGCUGCACCUGGAGGCCUGCCAUCUGCAAGACUUCCCGGGUAAGAGCGCCUCAGGCACAGGCCUGGCCUUCAUCGUCUUCACCGAGGCCAUUCUGCACAUGCCAGGUUCGCCUGUGUGGGCCGUGCUGUUCUUCUCCAUGCUGUUCACCUUGGGGCUGUCAUCCAUGCUCGGGGACAUGGGGGGCAUCAUCACGCCGCUUCUGGAUAUGGAGGUCCUGCCCCGAUGGGUCCUCAAGGAGGUCCUGACUGGUGAGUGCUUCGCGCUGCAGUCCGGGCGCUCCUGGCUCGAGGUCUUCGACAGCCGCGCCGCCUCCCUGAACCUCAUCCUUCUCGCCUUCUUCGAGGUGGUCGGUGUCACCUACGUCUACGGGCUGGACCGGUUCUGUGAUGACAUAGACUGGAGCGGGAGGCGGCCUGGCCUCUACAGGCGGGUGACCUGGAAGGCCAUCAGUCCCCUGCUCCUGCUGACCAUUUUUGUGGCCUACUUCACCCUCCUGGCCUAGACGCCGCUGAGCUACAGAGCCUGGAAUCCCCAAUACGAGCAGUUCCCCUUGAAGCAGGAUAAGUCCUACCCGGGCUGGGAGUGGGCCAUCUGCGCACUGCUGUCCUUUCCUGCACUGUGGGUCCCAGGGGUCGCGCUGACCCAGCGGCUCGCCCGGCGCCGACGGAAGCGGGACACUCUCCCCACACCCAUCACUGGGGUGGUGGCCGUGCAGGAGGGGUCAUGGGAGGUCACGUGCCGAGUGGACCAGCAGGCGAGUCUGCAAGUGCGGGCGGUGGACGGGUGGGGUGUGCAGGACACUUGGCUCCAGGAGGCCUGA